UUUGUGGACGAGAGACGGACAACUGUUGGCCGAUGAUGUCGAUCGACUCUCGGUUGCUUUGGGCUGGCCGGCAGGGUGAAAGUUGAAAGUUCGUCCUCAUCUGAAAACAGGAGCCACGUGCCGGCUGUAAAGUCGUGAGUUCAGUGAACAGAAACAGCUGCUGCAGUGAUGGCUGCCAUCUACUCAGGAAUCCAUCUGAAACUGAAGAGUCCUCAGACUCCAUGGGAGGACAAGCUGAAGCUGGCACGCUUUGCCUGGAUCUCCUCUCAGUGUCUGCUGCCCAACAAGGAACAGGUGCUUUUGGACUGGUGCACCCAUGCUUUGACAGGCUGGUACAACCAAAAGGUUGAGUUUUCUCAGAAUGUACUGGAAGGCCUGUGGUGUUACCUUGAUGACCUGCUUCACAGCCGGAAGCUCCACUCAUUUCUCAGACAGGGAAAGACUAUCAGCCUGAGGCUCAACAUGGCACAGCUGCUGCUUGAGCGUCUCCAGGAGUGUUCCCGUGUUGACUCCAAGUCGCCGGUGUGUGCGGCCACCAUACUGAGCGUGUGCCAGGGCAUUCUCUCUUCUCCGGUGCUGUCAUCUGUCUUCAUUACCAAGUAUGAACUCAUGGUUGAUCUGCUGGCCAAGCUCUGCUCGAUGGCCUGCUGUGAGCUUCAGCAGCCAUUGCUCACAGAAAUCAUAAUGACUGAGUCUGAUACAUGUCAAGAUGUGGUGAUGAGCGAGCCUCUUCAAACUCAACGUGCUAACAAUAAGGACACGUUGGACUCUCCUGCAGAUCACCCAGAGUUAGAUACUAAGAAUCCAACUUCCAAGCCUCGUGAAAACCAUUCAUCUAAUCUGUUUGAGGUGCUGCUUCAGGUGUUGUCAUGUUAUUUAGCGGUACAGCGACAACAAGCCAACCCUAACAGGGUCUUUACCGUGGUGACCAACCAGCUGAUCCAGCCGUUAGUGCUGCUCAGACAUCUGUUGACUUCUGGGGAUAUUGCACCCACUCAGACACUGCGUAUCCGUCAGCAGCUGUGCAGAGACAUUCGCGUCAAGAUUGACUCCAUCCUUCAGUCUGCCCUCUUCCCGUCCGAGCACCUGACCUCUUACAAGGACGAGCUCCUUCCAUCUAGAGGUGAUACUGGGAAACGUGGUCCAGGAGGAGCAAAAGGCCCCCUGAAGCCAGUCAGUGCCAUUCUUCCCAAACUGAGUGCACAGGGCUACUGUGAGCCGCCCCUACACUACUCUGUGAAGUCCAACACAUUGUCUCUGCUGUUUAAAUUUUUUCUGGAAAGCUAUGGGAAAGGAAGAGGAGACAAUGAAGAAGAACAGAAGAUGCUGUGUUUUUAUUUUCUCAUGAGAUUGGUCCCAGCAUUAGAUCUAAGUCUCGAUGGAGACUCAGUCUCACCUGCAAAAGCAGAGCAGUCAGUGUCUGAGUCCUCUGGUCAGACGUCUUCCCCAGACUCCCUCCAGUCCCCAGAGAGCUGGAGCCUGGCUCUGUUGUCUGUGGAGUUCCUGCUAAGCCAGGCUCUGUCAGCUGAUAUUUAUAAUGUAGCAGCAGACAGAAUACGACACAAACAGGUCCAGCUCAACUUUUACAGAGCGCUGGGACAAAUGCUCUUCAACCAGGCUCAGCCAAGCAUCCCAGCAUGGUACCGCUGUUUGAAGGUGCUGUUGAGUCUCAACCAUCUGAUUCUUGAACCAGACCUGGACCAGCUGUUAUCUUCAGCCUGGGUUAAUUCUGAGUGCAUGGAAGCACGAGUGCAGCGCGCCAGACAGAUGAUGGUGUGCAGUCUCCUCCAGACCUACACUAAGCUCCGUCAGCUCCCUCGCCUCUUCUCCGAGCUCCUGUCUGUGAUCUGUCAGCCAGCUCUGGAAGAACUCCGACCUCCUCUGCUGUCCGAAGGGAUCUCCGUCUCCCUCGGGACUUGUCUUCUGGACACGCCCCCGUCCCAGUGCUUUGAGAUCUGCUCAUCAGUGCUGGAGAACAUGAGGACACAUAUACUUCCUGACAUGGUGAAGGAUGAAAAAGAGGCAGAGAAAAUGGACAUUGAUGAAGGAGGAGAUGAUAAAAAAAGCAAACUUAAUGUGGACCAAGAGAGACAAGAUGCGUCUCUGAAGCUCUUCUCCCUCAGCCAGCUCCUUCAUGCUGUUUUAUUUAGUCUGAAAACUCUAGACAAUGCUUCUCCUCUUCCUUUAGUCAGGCAGGGUCAAGCCCUGAUGGAGGAGAUGCAGCAGGUAGUCAAGGAGUUACUACAGGUGUUGCCAAGAGAACAGAGGAUAAAAAAGACGCCAAGGAAAGUCAAAAAGAAAGUGGAGCACAAAGAGCCAGAGGGGGUUUCAGUGCUGUGGGAACAGAAGACCCAGGAGGCCACUCUGCUCCUCAGGUACGCCUGGGUGGAAGUGGACACGCUUUUUAAUAUCCACUGUAGUAAAUACAUAUCGCCUGAUUCUGACCAGGAGGCAGCUGUCCAUGACACUGAGGAGGAAGCUCUUUCUAAUGCUCCAGUCCAUACUCGCAUUGAGAGUCUUCUAUCUGGUGACAUCUUACCUGCCCACCUCUAUCCCUCCCCCUCCUGCAGCCCCAUGAGCUGCUUGCUCCUCAAACUCCUCACCUUACAGCAGAUGAAGAGAGUCAUGUUGGACUGCACCUCAGCCUGUGAAUCCAGCACAGCUGCACUGCUGAACAGGGCGGCCCACUUUAUUUCUGCUAAACUGAAGCUUGAGGAGACCCCAGGUGGAGAGCAGGUGUGGGACGGGCAGAUAAGCAGCGUAGACAGCAGCUCCUACAUUGUGGCACACUGGCACCUUGUCGCAUCCAAUCUGCCGUUGAUUUAUCCCUACCUGAGUGGAGAGGACUUGGGCUGCAUAGCAGAUGUUCUCGUCGGGUCUCUCCUCAGGGAACAGUCAGAUGGAGGGAUGGACUGUCCACCCAGCUGUCUGACCAUCUCCCUCAUAUCAUCACAGCUCCUUGAAAGCCUAAUUUUCCCUGAGUUACCUUCACUUUACUCUGCAACAGUUUGUUCCCUCGCACAAAGAAUUUACAGUGUUCUCCUGGUGGCACAUGCACCCAAGGUUUGUGCUACACUCCCAAAGAUUCAGGAAGAAGGAAGUGAUGCCAGUCCGUCUUCUGCCAAACUGGUGGAAAAGGAGACCAUAGUUGAGGAUAUACUGGCGUCCUCUAAGACUGGAGACGUGUUUGUAUCACUCUCUGACUCACAGACCAAGGAACUGGUGAACUUAAUUCAAAUCUUAACACACCUUAACCCAAAUGCUAUGAACUCUGAGGAUCUCGGCUCUGUUUUCCUCCUCCUCUUCAUGAUGCUCACCUCGGCCUCCCGUCAGUCAGAUGGUCGUCCUGACUCUGAAGAGAAUGCUGUGUUCCAGGUGAAGCUGCUCAGGAUCCUGACUUCUCUUGUGGAGAGUAGAAACUUAAAAAGUGUUUUGAAGCUCUUUCAUGCAGGUUCUCUGCUGCAAGCUGCUGUGUCUUCUCUCCUCUGGCAUAGCAACAGUGGAAGAUAUCGAGCCACACACAGCUCUGACUGGAUGGACUUAAUCAAAGCAGUGCAGGACUUCAUCAGGGCCUUGGUCCAGUUGAUUAUAUUCAGAAACAGCAGCGUCCAACUCAACCUGAAUCAGUUUAUUGCUUUUCUUACCAGUAAGGAAAAGCCAAGCGGGUGCAAUGUUGCUCAAAGUUCAGCAGCUGUUUCAGGAAAACCAGAUCCAGGAGCAUCCAUUUUGUCUGUUCAUCUUGAGCUGGCAUCACUGACUUCUUUUGCCCAGGAGAUGACUUCUAACCUGGGGAGGAGUAAACUAAUGGAUCAGACCUUGACCCAAAUGGUAACAACAGUGAAUGCUACACUGGGACCAGCUGUUGAGUCCGUCUUAAGACCCCAGACUGUCAGCGAAGCAGCCGUCCAACCAGUCGGCGUCCUCGAUCAAGCCUUCGUGGUAGAAGUUGUCACCGUCAUGCUGCACUGUGAACUGUCCUCACUGUCAGUGGAAGAACAGAACAAGCAGGAUGGCACCACGCUCACCCUGAGCCACAUGACCCUCUAUCAGAACUUGUGCCAGCAGAUCCUCAGAGAACUUAACUCCGACCUCAGGCCCAUGGACUCUCUGGUCUCUUAUCUCCAUUUCCUGUCCUUAUUCUACAAGGCAGCAGAGAGGAUGAGAGGAGACAAGGAGAAGGGAGAAAAGGACCUGGAUGAACUGUACACUCAGAUCCUGCAGAAUGUGCAGAGAUUGCUGACAGCUCCAUGGCUGUCACCAAAAGAUGUCUGUGAGCUGGAGCCAGCAGUGCAGGAGCUGCUGUGCCACCUGGUGGAGAAAAGCACAACUGCUCAGUUCAAGCUGCUGCUUCUGAUGAUCAGAGAAGGACUUAACACUGGCAAACUGAGGGCUGGAAACUACAGGGAGGUGCUGUCUGCAGUAACCAUCACUAAGCUGCUGUUCUGUUGUCAGUUAACUGACCCCUGCAUGAAAGCUCUGUGGCACAUUGCACCGCAGAUUAUAUCUGCUAUGGUGUUCUUGUUAAGAUCAUCUGGACUGGACACCUCUCUAACGCUUCCCUUUACCGUUCCUACGGUGACUUCAAUGACAUCACUGCUGCGCCAGGGGGAGGGGUUCAUCACCAACCCUCAUCAUGUGGUCCUGGUGCUUGGCGCGCUGCAGUCUGUGCCCCUCGACCACUUGUCCCCACCCGUCUACCAGUCAGCAUUCUUGGCUAUUCAUGAGGCGCUGUUCGCCAUCAUCCAGUGUCAUCCUCAGGUGUUGUCAAAUGCAGCUCCAUCCUUUUUAAAUGUCUUCUAUCGUCUGGUGGCAUCCAUUAUGCAGGAGGGUCGACAGAGAGGAGACAGUGACACAGGUUCAGAUGGUGACGUGUAUCACCAGUGCUCCAGACUGACACAGAGGAUGUUCUCUCACAUUGCUGCUGCAGCUGAGAGCUUCACCACACUGUCGGCCUUCAUGGUGGCUCAGUACGUCACAGAGCUCCAGAAGGUUACUCUGCGACCGGACAUUAAGCUGCAUCUCACUGAGGGCAUCUAUCAGAUAAUGGACCUGUGCAUGGAGCAAGACAUCAAGUUUCUGAUGGCAGGGCUGCAGAUGGGAGUCAGAGAGGUGUUCAACGAGCUGUACGGCAGCUACACCCACUACCACAAAGCAGAGAGGCAAGGAGAGGAAAAGUACACAGUUUAAAUUAAAUAAAAACAAAAUGUCUUGAUAAGGAAGGACUUUGUUCAUGUGACUUCUGCUUUUCAAUGAGACAGGCUGGUGCAUGUCAUCGGAUGUUUAGGCAGUUGUCAUUGCUUCUGUUCAGACCUGGUAGUUACAUCCAUCCUGAGAGAUCCAAUCAUAAUUGGGCAGAGUAAAGUACGUCUGUUCACAUCUGAUAUUAAAAUGAAUCCUGAUCGUGACCUGGGAUCUGAUCUCACUCCCCCACUUUGCAUGCAAAUAAACACCUACGUCAUUUAUGUCUGUGAAGACCAAAUUGUGUUAUUUUAACCCAGUCUGAGUUUACAGAUGUGUCCAAUGACAAUGUUUGUGUGUGUGAGUGCACGUGUGAGAGAGAGACCACUGGUUUCUGUGAGAUAUGAUUCUUAUUUUGCUGCCAGAUGAAAAUGGUGACAAAUGAAAAUUGUACAUAUAAGUGUUGUUUCUUUUUUACCAACUUUAAUAAUUUAACAUCAAUACAUUUCAAUACAAUACUGUCUCAACACAA